AUGUCCGCCGGCUUCUCUUUCGGGACUGGGACCCUGGGCUCCACCACCGUGGCCCCCGGGGGAACUGGCACGGCCGGCGGCUUCUCGUUCGGGACAGGGGCGUCUAGUAACCCUUCCGUGGGGCUCAAUUUUGGAACUCUUGGAAGCAUUGCCACUCCUGCAACGACAUCAGCCCCUUCUGGUGGUUUUGGAACUGGGCUUUUUGGAUCGAAACCUGCUACUGGGUUCACGCUAGGAGGAUCAAAUACAGGAAUAGCAACAACUAUUUCUACAGGAUUAACUCUGGGAGCACCAGCCACAACGUCUGCAUCUACAACAGGUUUCAGCUUAGGAUUCAGUAAGCCUGCGGCCUCUGCCACACCUUUUGCUCUGCCCAUUGCUUCUACCUCAGCCAGUGGUCUUACCCUUUCAUCUACUCUGACAUCAACUCCAGCAGCUUCCACAGGAUUUACACUGAACAACUUGGGUGGAACUACGGCCACCACCACAGCCUCCACAGGCCUUUCUCUGGGGGGCGCCCUCGCUGGUUUGGGAGGUUCGCUUUUCCAGAGUACCAACACAGCAGCAUCAGGACUUGGACAGAAUGCAUUAGGCUUGACUUUGGGAACGACUACAGUGACAUCAACUGCAGGCAACGAAGGCCUUGGUGGUAUAGACUUUAGUAGCUUGUCAGAUAAAAAGAGUGAUAAAACAGGAACAAGACCAGAGGAUAGUAAAGCACUGAAGGAUGAAAACCUACCCCCCGUCGUCUGCCAGGAUGUUGAAAAUCUGCAAAAAUUUGUGAAAGAGCAAAAACAGGUCCAAGAGGAAAUCAGUAGAAUGUCCUCAAAAGCCAUGCUAAAGGUGCAAGAGGACAUCAAAGCGCUGAAGCGGCUCCUGUCCCUGGCGGCCAGUGGGCUGCAGAGGAACACGCUCCUCAUCGACAAGCUGAAAGGUGAAACCGCUCAGGAGUUAAAAAAUGCUGAAAUAGCUUUAAGGACUCAGAAAACACCACCUGGCCUUCAACAUGAAAACACAGCUCCUGCUGACUACUUCAGAAUCUUGGUUCAGCAGUUUGAGGUUCAGCUUCAGCAGUACAGACAGCAGAUCGAAGAACUAGAAAACCAUCUUGCCACUCAAGCAAAUAAUUCACAUAUAACCCCUCAAGAUUUGUCAAUGGCUAUGCAGAAAAUUUAUCAAACAUUUGUAGCUUUAGCUGCACAACUUCAAUCUAUUCAUGAAAAUGUAAAGGUGCUCAAAGAACAGUACCUUGGCUACAGGAAAAUGUUCUUGGGUGAUGCCAUAGAUGUGUUUGAAGCCAGGCGAGCAGAAGCGAAGAAGUGGCAGAGCACACCCAGAGUGACAACGGGACCCACACCUUUCAGCAGCAUGCCAAAUGCAGCCGCCGUUGCCAUGGCUGCAACUCUUACGCAGCAGCAACAACCUGCUCCAGGGCCACAGCCAUCUCUGGGAGUUAGUUUUGGAACGCCUUUCGGCUCAGGUAUUGGCACUGGCUUGCAACCAAGUGGCUUAGGUUCUUCAAACCUUGGAGGAUUUGGAGCUAGCUCUGGUUUUGGAAGCAGCACCACAGGGGCGUCCACAUUUGGAUUUGGAACAACAAAUAAGCCCUCAGGAAGUCUUAGUGCAGGCUUCGGCAGCUCCAGCACGUCCGGGUUUAACUUCAGCAAUCCCGGCAUCACGGCGUCAGCGGGUCUGACAUUUGGGGUGUCCAAUCCUGCCUCGGCAGGUUUUGGAACAGGAGGACAGCUCCUUCAGUUGAAGAAACCGCCGGCUGGCAACAAAAGAGGAAAAAGAUAAACACACGUGUUGAUGUGUUAAGAGAAUCACUAGCAGCAUCGUUCACUCUGAGUCUAUUUUUCUAAACUGGAUGCAGUGAUUAAACUGCAUCCCAGAGAUUUAUAAAGUUUUGAUAUUUUUCCCUACUCUGGAAUUUGAACUUUGUUCAUACUUGCCAUGCUGAACAGCUUUUUUUUCUUGUGAACUUAAAACCCUGUUGUGUAUUUUUUUUGUUGUUGUUAUUUUGAUUUGUAAGAAAUGUUCUGAUUACAUCCCUGAUUGACUAGUAAAGCCUUCUGUUUAACUUAGUGUUAACAGCUUGGUUUCUUGGUAAGGUUUACACUGCGUUCAUGUAUGCACAUCUCUUUCAAAUUCUGAUGGUGUGGACUCUAGGGUCCAUGGAAUCAGUUUGAUCCCAGCCUUUUGACUAUACUGCAGGGCGUCUUGUGAAUACGUAUGUAAAUACAUACAGCAUAAGACACACAUCUGUGUGUGCAUAUAAUAGGUAUUUAC